AGACCCACGGACGCUUCGCGGGAGGACGCGGCGGCGGAGGAUGAGCCUGCAGAGCGCUCAGUACCUCCGAAUGUCUUAAACCAUUCUACCUUGUGAGGAAUUGGAUGUUCUUGCAGAUAGUCAUUGUGGGAGAAAACAUUUCAUUUAAGUCCCAGAUGAGGACCGGAAACUUGAAAUCAGAGGAGCAUCUGAAAUCAAGUAAUAUUAGGCAGGCAGAAGUCCUGAAGGCUGACAUGACAGAUUCUAAGCUAGGUCCAGCAGAGGUCUGGACAUCCCGGCAGGCUCUGCAGGACCUGUACCAGAAAAUGCUGGUUACUGAUUUGGAAUAUGCUUUAGACAAGAAAGUAGAACAGGAUCUCUGGAACCAUGCCUUUAAGAAUCAGAUCACAACACUACAAGGCCAGGCGAAGAAUCGAGCAAACCCGAAUCGAAGUGAAGUUCAGGCAAACCUUUCUCUGUUCCUAGAGGCAGCUAGUGGCUUCUAUACUCAGUUAUUACAAGAGCUGUGUACAGUGUUUAAUGUAGAUUUACCAUGCCGUGUGAAGUCUUCCCAAUUGGGAAUUAUCAGCAAUAAACAGACGCAUACCAGCGCAAUAGUGAAGCCACAGUCCAGCUCCUGUUCCUAUAUCUGCCAGCACUGCCUCGUGCACCUCGGCGACAUUGCUCGAUACAGAAACCAGACCAGCCAGGCAGAGUCCUACUAUAGGCAUGCAGCUCAGCUUGUCCCCUCCAAUGGUCAGCCGUACAAUCAGUUGGCUAUUUUAGCUUCUUCCAAAGGAGACCAUUUGACCACCAUCUUCUACUACUGCAGAAGUAUUGCUGUGAAGUUCCCUUUCCCAGCUGCCUCCACUAAUCUCCAAAAAGCACUUUCUAAAGCACUGGAAAGCCGGGAUGAGGUGAAAACCAAAUGGGGUGUUUCUGACUUCAUCAAGGCCUUUAUUAAGUUCCACGGUCAUGUGUACCUGAGUAAGAGCUUGGAAAAGUUGAGCCCACUUCGAGAGAAAUUGGAAGAACAGUUCAAGAGACUACUGUUCCAAAAAGCUUUCAACUCUCAGCAGUUAGUUCACGUCACUGUCAUUAACCUGUUUCAACUUCAUCACCUUCGUGACGUUAGCAAUGAAACAGAGCAACAUAUUUACAGCCAAGAUGAGCAGCUGUGUUGGACACAGUUGCUGGCCCUCUUCAUGUCUUUCCUUGGCAUCCUGUGCAAGUGCCCUCUGCAGAAGGAAUCUCAGGAGGAGUCCUAUGUUGCCUACCCCCUUCCUGCAGUCAAAGUCUCCAUGGACUGGCUAAGGCUCAGACCCAGGGUCUUUCAGGAGGCAGUGGUGGAUGAAAAGCAGUACAUUUGGCCCUGGCUAAUUUCUCUGCUAAAUAGUUUCCAUCCCCAUGAAGAGGAUCUGUCAAGCACUAAUGCUACCCCACUUCCAGAAGAGUUUGAGUUGCAAGGAUUCUUGGCUCUGAGACCUUCUUUCAGGAACUUAGAUUUUUCCAAAGGCCACCAAGGUAUUACAGGAGACAAAGAGGGCCAGCAACGGCGAAUACGGCAGCAACGCUUGAUCUCUAUAGGCAAAUGGAUUGCUGAUAAUCAGCCAAGGCUGAUUCAGUGUGAAAAUGAGGUAGGAAAAUUGUUGUUUAUCACAGAAAUCCCAGAGUUAAUACUGGAAGAACCCAGCGAAGCCAAAGAGAACCUCAUUCUGCAAGAAACAUCUAUAAUAGAGUCACUGUCUGCUGACGGGAGCCCAGGACUGAAAUCAGUGCUGUCCACAGGCCGGAACCUAAGCAACAACUGUGAUGCAGGAGAGAAACCAAUGGUCACCUUCAAAGAGAACAUUAAGCCACGAGAAGUGAACAGAGACCAAGGAAGAAGUUUUCCUCCCAAAGAGGUGAAAUCUCAGACAGAAUUAAGAAAGACUCCAGUGUCAGAAGCCAGGAAAACGCCUGUAACUCAAAGCCCAAGUCAAGCGAGCAGCUCCCAGUUCAUCCCCAUUCAUCACCCGGGAGCCUUCCCUCCUCUGCCCAGCCGGCCAGGGUUCCCGCCCCCAACAUAUGUUAUCCCCCCUCCUGUGGCAUUUUCUAUGGGCUCAGGUUAUACCUUCCCAGCUGGUGUUUCUGUCCCAGGAACCUUCCUUCAGCCUACAGCUCACUCUCCAGCAGGAAACCAGGUGCAAGCUGGGAAACAGUCCCACAUUCCUUACAGCCAGCAACGGCCCUCUGGACCAGGGCCAAUGAACCAGGGACCUCAACAAUCACAGCCACCUUCCCAGCAGCCCCUCACAUCGUUACCACCUCAGCCAACAGCACAGCCUACAAGCCAGUUGCAGGUUCAAGCUCUAGCUCAGCAGCAACAAUCCCCUACAAAAGCUGUGCCGGCUCUGGGGAAAAGCCCUCCUCACCACUCUGGAUUCCAGCAGUAUCAGCCGGCAGAUGCCUCCAAACAACUGUGGAAUCCCCCUCAGGUUCAAGGCCCAUUAGGGAAAAUCAUGCCUGUGAAACAGCCCUACUACCUUCAGACCCAAGACCCCAUCAAACUGUUUGAGCCGUCAUUGCAACCUCCUGUGAUGCAGCAGCAGCCUCUAGAGAAAAAAAUGAAGCCUUUUCCCAUGGAGCCAUACAACCAUAAUCCCUCAGAAGUCAAGGUCCCAGAAUUCUACUGGGAUUCUUCCUACAACAUGGCUGAUAACAGAGUUGUAAUGGCACCGCAAGUAAAUAUGGACCGCAGGGGCAAGCGGACACCAGGCGUCUUCCGUCCUGAACAGGAUCCUGUGCCCAGAAUGCCAUUUGAGGACCCCAAGAGCUCCCCUCUGCUCCCUCCGGACCUGUUAAAGAGUUUGGCCGCCCUGGAGGAAGAGGAAGAGCUGAUUUUCUCUAACCCUCCUGAGCUUUACCCAGCUCUGCUGGGGCCUCUGGCCUCUCUUCCUGGACGGAAUCUCUUUAAAUCCUUACUGGAGAAGCCCUCGGAGCUCAUGUCCCAUUCCCCCUCUUUCCUGUCCCUCACCGGAUUCUCUCUCAAUCAGGAAAGAUACCCGAAUAACAGUGUGUUCAAUGAAGUCUAUGGGAAAAGCCUGACCACCAGCUCCAAAGCAGAACUCCCCGCCUCAAUGGCCCCCCAGGAAACAUCCCUGUACUCUCUGUUUGAAGGGACCCCGUGGUCUCCAUCACUUCCUGCCAGUUCAGAUCAUUCGACACCAGCCAGCCAGUCUCCUCAUUCAUCCAACCCUAGCAGCUUGCCAAGCUCUCCACCCACGCACAACCAUAACUCGGUCCCAUUCUCCAACUUUGGACCCAUUGGGACUCCAGAUAACAGGGAUAGGAGGGUUACAGAUCGGUGGAAAACAGAUAAGCCAGCCAUGGGUGGGUUUGGCAUUGACUAUCUCUCCACAACAUCGUCUUCUGAGAGCAGCUGGCAUCCAGCCAGCACUCCAAGUGGCACCUGGGCAGGCCAUGGCUCCUCCAUGGAGGAUUCCUCCGCUGUCCUCAUGGAAAGUCUCAAGACAACCACGCAUUUGACCUCUGCUGACAAGAUCGGGGCUGUUUUUCAGUCUAUCUGGUCCAGUUCCAUGAUGCAUCCUGGACCUUCCGCUCUGGAGCAGCUGCUAAUGCAGCAGAAGCAGAAACAGCAGCGGGGACAAGGCACCAUGAACCCACCACACUGAGACCAGAGUGGCAACCCUGGCAAUGAAGGCUCCAUAAACCAUGGCAUGUUGGGCUUGCAGGACUGGCCCACACAGUCCCCUGCAGGUGGCAGCCCUCUUUUCUGUUCCUUGCUGUCAAGAGGGUGUAAGUGUCCCACCAGCCCGCUGAGUGUGCACGAAAUGUCCGCAGUGCAACAAAAAGAAAACCCAUCAGGAACUCUCCUUCCCCCCGGGGUCCUCCGGAGGGAGAGAGGAGCUGCUGUUUGUCUCACUCAGUGUCCUGAGUUUGUCUCACCUUCUCCAUCGUGCAUGUCCCCAGCCACAUGGGAGGUGAAAGCUGGGAAGGAAAGGCAGAUGGGAGAAGCCGACGGGAACGUCUCAGUCCUUUUCCCUCUUGGGGGAAUAAAAUAGGAAUCCAUGAUUGCUUUGCUGACUGAGAAUGUAGUUGAAAUUACUCCUGAACAUCUUUUAUUAUUGUUCUGACUCUGGGUAGUAAACUGUCACACUGAACCCUUCCGCACACCGGUGUGCUAGUCAGUGUGCUGUAGCAAGGAGAGCCCCGUGAACUGCCCCGGAGAGAGGGUGGUGGGGACGGGAAGAAUCCGAGCUCUCCGGCCAGUGGGAGUGUUCCAUAAAGGGGAGAGCACGGCCUCCCUUUCACUCAGAAGGUUCGGGAAGGCCCUCCCUGGCCUGGAGGCCCAGCAGGGAAUGCCCUUCACUAGGUGCUCGAGCCCCAGGCGAGGUGCAGUGUAGGGGGGGUGCUGGGCUGGCUGAGCAGGUGACCGGCUGCUCCAGGGUUCAAAUGAACGCCUCUGAUUCCUGUCCAUUUGAUGGUAGCACAGCCAGCGGUCUGACAGAAGGCAGGCGCAUCUGUCCAGUCCACGGCCUGACGGAUCUCUUAGGUAGAAGCUUUCAGUGUGGUUUUUUUCUGUUUGGUUGUUUUUUGUGCCCACACCUUACUUCCCACCCACCUCUUCCUGCCCCUACCUCCAUUGUUUUGUUUUUGCCCUAUGCUGUAUGCUAGUCAUUGUUUCUGUUCCUAUUGUGUACAACAUCUCACCAAGAAGCCACAGCGUCGGGGCCCAAAGGACAGUGUGAAGAAAGAAGUCGGCGGCAGUGGCAUCGGGGUGCCCACAGAGGGGCCAGGCCUGCCCGGCUCCGGCCUCCCCCACCCCGUGUUAGAGUGACACUCGCAGCGGCACCGUGGACACCGGCUCGUGCUGCACGGAAGACAACACAACCAAGCCCAUUUUGGAAAAGGCGAGCGAAAGGACAAUAGACUUUAUUUGAUAUUUAUUAGGAGGAAAGCGGACUGGUUUUCUCGUGUAGAAACAGAAGGACAGCAUGUCUGUUAGUCAUUUCCUGGAGGAGUAACGUGUUCAGGGGAAUUAUGGAAGCAACCUCGGUGUCCGGGUACUGUGCUGGCAGUAGGGGCCCUUUCCUGGGAGGCGUCUCCUGUGCCUGUGUGUGAAGCAGGAGCUGCCGAGGAGGAAGAGGAGGAGGGAGGGGUGGGCAUCCGAGCUGGAAGACGGCUGCAGACAGAGCACAGCACAGCCCGGAGCCCUGCCCAGCGCUGGGGCCCGGCAACCCCAGCAGUGAGCAGGGGAGGGAUGAAUGGGAGUUGCUCUUCAGAGAGUGGUUGGAGCCCCUCACCCCCAGCCCCACCCCAUAUGCUGACAUUAAUGCUCUUUAGUUUGACAUGGUGUUCGGGGAUUUUUGGUUUGGUUUUAUUUGUUUCUGAAAGGGCGGGGACCCCCCACCCAAUGGCAAUAUGAAACCCUUUGUGCUUCUCUCCGGCCCCCUCCCCUCCCUGCUGCCUCCCCAGCCCGGGUCCGUGUCUGAGCUCUGCAUUCAGGCAGCUGCAACAUUCCAGCGUGUGAACCAUCACGGAUUCUUGCACCCUAGACAGCCAACCAGGGCCGCUGUCUCACUCCCGGAGUGCCGAGCCCCACCCGCAGCCCCAUUUCUGCAUGAGAAUUUGGUGUUUGGAAUGUUUUCUGACUCUGGCGGCGGGGUUCCUAGCUGCCUGAUCAUCCUCACAGUGGCUUGAAGAGGAUGGGGAGGAGAAUCUUCAUCAGAAACUGGUUCUGUGUAGUAAAAGUUCUUACGUGGGUUGUUACCCCUCCCCCUUUUCCUUUUCCCCCUCCCUUUUUCUGUCUGUGCAAGACCUGCAGCUGCUAAAAUCAGCUUUGCCUUUAAUUAAACCAUGUUCUCUCCAACCA